UCACUGACAGGAAAUCACCGGGCAAUCAGUGUGCAUAUAACUCAGGUGGCCACGUACUGUUACAGAUUUUACCCCACACGAUCGCCACAGUGAGCUGAGCAAAGGGCGCUGAGGCUGAUAACGUCGACUUAGUGAGAGCUUUGAUUUUGCAAACAUCGACCGAAGUUGAAGAUGACGACGAUGCAUCUGGCUGUUGUUGUUGUGUGUGUGCUGGGGGUGAGUGCGUUACCAGAAAAACAAGAGCACGGGGCACACAAACCUGUCCCCGAGCACGAGCACUACCCUAACGGUCGACAUGACUCCGGGUACGACCACGAUGCCAUCCUGGGAUCGCACAAAGCUGAGCAAGAGUUCAGUAAUUUAAGUCCUGAAGAGUCAAAGACCCGGCUGAGAAACCUCCUGUUGAAGAUGGACCAGAAUGAGGAUGGCAUAAUAUCACGCUCUGAGCUUGAAGUAUGGAUUCUUCACUCCUUCAGGCAGCUAGACGUUGAGGAGGGCGAGGCUCGCUUCCUGGAGUAUGAUAUGGACACAAAUGGGAAGCUGGGCUGGCAGGAGUAUGUGGAGAAGGUGUAUGGUAUGAGUGAGGCUGAGAUAGAUGAAAUGGAGAGGAACGAGGAAACAGAGGCCUUCCUAGAUAUGAAAAAUGAUGACAAGCUGAAGUUUGAUGCAGCUGAUGUGAACAAGGAUGGUUACCUGGAGAGCCAGGAGUUUGUGGCCUUUGAGUACCCGUAUGACUUUGAGCACAUGUACGAAGUGGAGAUGGACCGUUCCAUGAAGGAGCUGGAUAAGAACAAAGAUGACCUGAUCUCUCAGAGCGAGUUUACUGGAGACCUUGAAAUGACCGAAGAGGACAAAAUAUCUCAAGCUGAAAAUUUCAAGGUGUACGAUACAAAUAAAGAUGGCUUGUUGGAUAGAAAAGAGGCGUUGCCAUGGGUACUACCUGACAACAAAUAUGCAGCAAAGGAAGAAGCAGAGCAUUUGAUUGGAGAGACAGACAGCAAUCAAGAUGGAGUGUUGUCUCCUGAUGAAAUCAUUGAUCAGUAUGAACUCUGGGUAGGAAGUCAGGUGACCAAUUAUGGCAAACAUCUAAAUGAUGAGUUGUAGACAGAUGUUGUUUUCAUCCUAGUACUGUUUUCAUAUGAUUUGUACAGCCUUAAUUUUUUUCUCAGCAGCGUAGUAAUACAGGAAAUUGAAAACGAAUGUUAUUUUGGCUUAGAAUGGGUAAGGUUUCUGUUGCUACCUGCAGAUGGUCGUGGGUUUCCCCCGGGCUUGGCUCGGUUUACUCCCACCCUAAUGCUGGCCACCUUUGCAUAAGUGAAAUAUUCUUUAGUACAGUGUAAACUCCAACCAGAUAAAUAAGUUACUAUUAUGACUAUAAACAAUAGGCUUUCAUUUCAGAAAUAAGUGAUCUUGUAGUUUUCUUCUCUUUCGAAGAAUAAUUUGUACAAUUUUGUAGGUUUUGUAAUUUGUGGGUCUACAAAAAAUAAAAAAAAAAAGCCAUGAAAGCCCAUACCAUUAUGUACAUCUUCUGGCGAGGUUUGUACUAUUUCUGAGAAAAGUGUUAGGAAUAUCAUGAUUAAAACUUUGUGACAGUAUGAGUGGAAUAAAUAUGAACAAUAAGCUGAGUAUCUCGGUUAGCUUUUUUAUCACUGUGGUAUUUGAGUGAGACGUUUAUCACCCAUUUCUUGGACAGAAGCCAUCUGUAUGACAUCAGUGUUCUUUAUGACCCAAGCAAAACAGAAAAAACUCCUUUCACAAAACUUUUUCUCCAAUUUUUCUAACAUUUUGGAAAUUGCUUUGUCUUCUGACAUUAUAACUUGGACAGUAUCAUUUCUCUUUAUAAAGAACUUGUCAGAGGCUGGAUUUAUGAAAGUUUGUGAAGGUGUGCUUGAUUUUUCAUGGUCCAUUCCUGUUCUUGGAGUACAAGCAGAUCUUAAGAUGUUGGGACACACAUGUUCAGUAAAACCUUCUGUCAGGAUGGCUGAUUUUUGUGUUUGGCAUUAUGAGGAGAAUACCUAGUCAGUUAUGAACAAAUUGCAUGCUAUGUAUUUUUCUAUAACAAUUACUAAUUGUGGACUUUAUAUGCAGGACUAACAAAGGGUGUAAUGACAUUAGAGCUGUUCAAAACUGUAUAUCAUUGUGACAUUGUGUGUACCAUAUGUGCACACUGUGUGUACCACACGUGCACAUUGUGUGUACCAUACAUGCACAUUGUGUGUACCAUACGUGCAAACUAUGUGUACCAUACAUGCGCAUUGUGUGUACCAUAUGUGCGCAUUGUGUGUACCAUACGUGCACAUUGUGUGUACCAUACAUGCACAUUGUGUGUGCCAUACAUGCAAACUAUGUGUACCAUACAUGCACAAUGUGUGUACCAUACGUGCACAUUAUGUAUGCACACCAUCAUUAUCCUGCCCAGUCUAUAGUUGUGAUGAACUAGUCGCUGCGUUAACUCUUUGGGGUUUAUUAUUAAAACCUGUUCUGAAAUCAGGGUGUUGCUUAUGUACCAGCUCAUCAUGCUUCUUAUGGAUGUUAUCUGCGUGAUAUUAAUAUACACAUUUGGACAAUAUAUUUACCCACCUGUUCUGUUCACAUGUGUAGUUGUAUUUCUGUUUUGUCUAAUGACAGAAUGUAGCUGCUGAUAUUGCUCAAAGGCAAGGUGUAAAUAUCACACUGAAUGAUGUCAUUCCUGUCCGCUUACAUGAAGUUUAUGUGUUGUAACAGAGUAAUUAUACAGCAAUUGAUUGGUGAAAAUAAAGGUUUUAGGCAUGAAAGUUGCAUGAAUACAUGUACAAACAAUUAUAUUAGGUCACAGGAUACCUGUUUCUAUACUCAGUAAUCAGCUUUUACAAAGGGGCAUAAUUGUUUUGUCUAUGGUUUUAUGGAUUUAACACCCCAAUCUGAUGUUGACGUUAUUUCAGAUGAUUUAUAUAGAAUUUUUUUUAUUUUUACCACUUGUAUUUUUAUCAUAAAUGAUCUUGCUGUAAAUUCAUGUAUUAUUGGUGUACUUUUAUUUUAAUGAUUCCUUACUGGUCAAAACUAAAAAUUGCUUGAAAUUUAAUUUGGGUUUCUGCCUUUCCUAUAUUUUAUACAUAUCAAAAUAUCUCCAAAAUUGUGAGGAUUAAAUUUAGGGUAUUGAGAGUAUAAAACUCCAGUACCCUUCUGGAAGGUAUUGCUUUAUGAAUUUUUUACUUUCAGGAUGCUUGUAGGCCAUUUUUUAAUUUUAACACCUUGUUGGUAUUUGGUCAAAUGUUCAACUUUUUAUUUUACUUCCUUAUUAUCUAUAAAAUGUAAGGCAUUUUGGGGGAUUGAACACAUAAUUUAUAUAUCCUGUACAACAUUGAUGCAGCCAGAGAGACCAAUUCAUAAUAAAUGUAUUAUUUUUA